AUGCGCCACCACCAACGCCGAUCUAGACCUCCUGCCCUCUCUACGCCAAACCAUCAGGACCUGCAGCAGCUCUCGAGAGGGAAAGCGUCCGGACCGGACGCAAUCCCUGUUGAGAUUUACAAGCACGGUGACCCCCGACUUGUGGAACAACUGACAGCUCUCUUCCAGGAAAUAUGGAGUCAGGGAGAAGUCCCUCGCGAUUUCAAUGACGUCACAAUCGUCCAUUGCCACUGGCGGAAGGGAAACUGUCCACUCUGUGACAGCCACAGAAGAAUCUUGCUGCCCAACAUCGCCGGAGAGAUCUUCGUUUGCGUUCUCCUCAACCAUCUCAACAGCCAGCUGGAACAGGGACGUCUGUCAGGAAGCCAGUGUUACUUCGGCCGUCAUCGCGGCACAACCGACACGAUUUUCGCCGCUCGCCAACAGCAGGAGAAAUGUCAGGAGAUGCGGAUCCAUCUCAAUUCUACCUUCGUGGAUCUGACGAAAGCCUUUGACACGGUGAUUCGCGGGGGACUGCAGAAACUCAUGCAGAAAUUCGGCUGUACUGAGCAAUUCACUCGGAUGGUGCGUCAGCUCCAUGACGGCAUAAUGGCGCCCGUCAUGGACAAUGGAACCGUGUCAGAGGCAUUGGCAGUGACCAAGAGAGUGAAGCAGACCUGCGUCCUUGCUCCUACCCUCUUCAGUCUCAUGUCCUAUGUCAGAGUAAUAAACGCCUACUGCAAUUAA